GAGCCUAACUUCCAUUGGCUGCCGUGGGUGUGGGGCUUUGACAUCAUGGGGAAGUUAAAGUGUUGCUGAUGUGAAGAAAGUGUUGCAGUGUGUAAGCUGUCGUCUGUAGAUUCUGUCCAGUGGAGUUCAUGGGCGCCAUCUUCAGCCACUUUGGUAACCUUCAAAAUGAGACUGUUGCGUUUGCAAUUUUCGGGAGUUUCGGCACAUGCACGGUUGUCGUGAAACAGAAAAUUGCUCCAUCUGCGCAUGCGACGUUACGCCGGCCUUAUUCCGAAGAUUACUGAAGGCUGCCAUGAACUCCGCUGGACAGAAUCUGCACGGAGGGGAAGAAGAUACAGAAAGACUCUUGACUUCUUUUUGGACAUGCUUUCUCUUUUGGACAGAGCUGCAAUCUGAUAUAAAUCAGUUUUCCUUCCUGCUGUUUUUCUAGUUACCAGAUAAUUACUCACAAGUAAUUUUGUUACUUGUGAGGCCAACAGUUUGGGUUCUUGCGUGAGAACAAGAAGUGACAGCCUGAAAGUGUGUUUUCCUUCCCCUGGUCCUUAAUGGGGAGCACUUCUGUCUCUUUAGUAUUUGUUUCGAGGGGGGGCACAAUUUUGCGGAGCUCUUCUUGGAGAGCAACAGGGUUCUGUCCUGUAUAUGCAGAUAUACUGAGUGACCUAAGACUUGUUAAAAUAUGCCACCUGUAACAGAACCCGGGGAUGAAUGUGAAGCCAAUGGAGUUGGAAACAAUUCUUUGGAAAUCCAGCAAGAAGUGGAUGUGAAUUGCAAUGCACAGAUGGUGGUUUCUAGCUUCUUGGGGUCUGAGGAAAGUACAGUAGUAAAGAUAGGAUCCCGUGCCAACACAAAGGGUGUUCAGGAGGAAGAUUCUCUGCUGGAAAAUGGGAGCCAGAGUACAGAGAGCGAUGACCCAAAUGCUGAUGCUUGUCCUGAAGUUGACGUUUCUCUGAAAGAGUCUUCUUUCUCUAUAGGAUUGCAGGUUCUUUUUCCAUUCCUUCUGGCAGGGUUUGGCACUGUGGCUGCAGGAAUGGUGCUAGAUAUCGUGCAGCACUGGAAGGUCUUUACAGAGGUCACGGAGGUCUUUAUCUUGGUGCCAGCUCUGCUGGGGUUGAAGGGGAACCUAGAAAUGACAUUAGCUUCUCGACUGUCAACUGCUGCAAACAUUGGACAAAUGGAAACUACCAAGGAGAAGUGGUCAAUGAUUACUGGAAACUUAGCUCUGAUACAGGUUCAGGCAACUGUUGUGGGGUUCUUAGCGUCUAUGGCUGCUGUUAUUUUUGGGUGGAUUCCUGAUGGCCAUUUCCUCGUGGAUCAUGCUGUUUUACUGUGUGCAAGCAGUGUCUCCACAGCUUUUAUUGCCUCCAUGGUGUUAGGUCUUAUAAUGAUUGGGGUAAUUAUUGGCUCCAAAAAGCUGGGCAUUAAUCCUGAUAAUGUGGCAACCCCCAUUGCUGCUAGCCUAGGGGACCUUGUUACAUUGACACUUCUUUCGGGCAUCAGCUGUGGCCUUUACAAGGAGAUGAAAAAUAAUGCCUAUGUUAAUCCAAUCGUGUGCAUACUGUUUCUGGCUCUGCUUCCGAUCUGGUUUGUGAUUGCAAGGAGGAACCCUGCGACUCGGGAGGUGUUGUCAUCUGGAUGGGAGCCAGUCAUAAUUGCUAUGGCCAUUAGCAGUGUGGGCGGACUGAUUUUGGAUAAAACUGUUUCAAACCCAAACUUUGCAGGAAUGGCUGUUUUUACACCAGUUAUAAAUGGUGUUGGAGGAAACCUUGUUGCUGUCCAGGCAAGUCGCAUAUCCACUUACCUUCACAUGAUGGGACCCCCAGGAGAAGAAACAGAACUCAUUCCUCGUAAAUUUCCAAGUCCAUGCAGGACCUUCUUUAGCUCAGAUGUGAACUCUCGCUCUGCAAGGGUCCUCUUCCUUUUUGUCAUACCAGGUCAUUUGAUUUUCCUGUACACAAUCAGUUCUAUGCAGGGUGGACAUACAACGCUUACGCCAAUCUUUAUGGUUUUCUACAUGACGGCUGCACUUCUUCAGGUCCUAGUUCUUCUUUACAUUGCAGACUGGAUGGUUCAUUGGAUGUGGGGUAGAGGGAUGGAUCCUGAUAACUUUUCAAUUCCAUAUCUUACUGCCUUGGGAGACCUUCUGGGCACUGGACUGCUAGCACUCAGCUUUCACAUUCUAUGGCUUAUCGGAGACCGUGACACUGAUGUUGGAGAUUGAUCAUCUGUUCUUCUAUAAUUAACAUUUUGCACCUUGUUUACUGGUUUAGCAAACUGGAAGUCCAUUGGAUUCCAAUGAAGAAAAAGUGCAAUUUUCUUUCAAGGGCUGGCUUUUUGUAGGGGGGGGGGAUGUGUACAGUUUUUUCCCAACAAACCAAAUGCGCACUUUCAUCAGCUGCUUCUGAGCAUCAUUCAUUAACCCGCUGGCAGAACAAUAAGCUUUUUACCUGGGGCAUAUAGUAAGACUUUGUGUGUCUUUCAUGUUCCAUAGGGGAAAUGCAGUAUUAGCUGUUCUGUAUAAAUUGUUUUUUUUUUUCUAAGUAUUAAGCAAUUGGACACAUCGGCUUCCCAGUUUGGAAUAGCAUAUAUAAAAGCUCAAACUUG